AUUUUGUUGACAUGUUUUCAUUAUUAUAGUAAUGAGGGACAUUGUUGUUUUUUAGACUCCGAUUUGAGAAGAGUUGUGGUCCUCGGGAAAACUGGAUCUGGGAAAAGCAGUCUCGGAAACACCAUAUUUGGAGAAGACAAGUUCACUGUCUGCCCUGGUCCUAACUCUUGUCAAAGUCCAUGUCAGGCAAAAACUCAAUCAAUCAAUGGGAGAAAACUUACUUUGAUUGAUACACCAGGCUUGUUUGACACAAAUAUGCCUGAAGACAUCCUGAAGGAUGAAAUAUUGAAGUGUAUCAGAGGGUGUUCAUCUGGGCUGCAUGCCUUCCUCAUUGUACUUAAUCUAGGACGUUUCACAGACCAGGAAAAAGAUAUUAUUCACAAAAUUACUGAAUUCUCUGACCAAGUGUUUACAUAUGCAACAGUAGUUUUUACUCAUGGUGAGAAGCUCCCUGAAGGGCAGCAUAUCAAAGAAUAUAUUAGCCAAAACGAAUCUUUGAUGAAAAUAGUAGCAAAAUGUGGAGGUCGGUGUCAUGUUGUAGAUAAUGAAUGCUGGAACAAUAGUUCUAUUGACACAUAUAGGAACAACGCCUACCAGGUAAAGGAAAUACUCAAAUCAAUUGAAGAGACGGUGAAGCAAAACAACGGGAAAUGCUAUACUAAUGAGUUUCUGCAAACAGUGGAGAAAAUGAUACAACGUGUAGCACUUGCAGUGGUUAAUGAAGAACAGCAAGCAGGUCAAGAAGCACAGCAAGCUGGUCAAGAAGCACAGCAAGCUGGUCAAGAAGCACAGCAAGCUGGUCAAGAAAUACAGCAAGCUGGUCAAGAAGCACAGCAAGCUGGUCAAGAAGCACAGGAAGCUGGUCAAGAAGCACAGGAAGCUGGUCAAGAACAUCUUGUUGUUCUUACCGAAGAACAACAACAGCAAGUUGCAAGACAAGGAAUCUGGGAGAGAGCUAAAAAAAUAGUGUGGCAGAUGUUAAGGACAGUAAAAGGUAUUAAAUCACAUGUACUAUUGACAGCACUUUUUGGUGUAGCAGUUAGUGCAGUAGUUGCAUAUUUGAAACUUAGAGGUUACCCAGAAGGCAUAGAUACAAUACAACUGGUUCAAUCAGCAGCAGCAGGAAUAAAUAUUUCAGAUGAAAUGCUUGUUGCUAGUUUCACAGUGGCAGCAGGUGCACUAGUAACUUUUAGACCUUCUGCUCAGCAAUAAAUUGACCUUAAGCAUUUGAAAGACAAUGUAAUCAUUAAAUAAGGUUCACAGUUAAUUGUACAUUUCUCUUCAGACACCUGAUUUACCAAUAAAUUUGGCAAAAAUACAUUUGAAAAAGUCAGAGUACAAACAUUAUGUUGACAUUUUAUUUGUUUUUUUGUGCUUUCUAUUAUACUGGACUCAUUUCACUCAGGAAAAUAUACAUUUAUAAAAUGUUGCUUUGUAAUCAGCAAGUGGUUUCUCAGUUACAGCUGUUUUUUUUAAUGAUUUUUAUUCUGACAUCAGACACUGAACUGAAACCAAAAAGCUCAAGUUGACCUUCCAUGCAUCAAACCAAGGAUUGUUGCCCCAAUCAGUGGAUUCUGAGAAAUGAGAGGAUUUUGUUGUUUGAUUGUUUUUCAUUUCAGUCCUCUAUUGCCACUUUCCAAAGUCACCACAAAACUUGUUUUGGUGACUUUCUGUUCUGAUUUAAAAUGUAUAUAUGUUCCCCAUCCCAGUGUGAUCAGGUCUAUGUAAAGGCACAUUGAAUUUUCUUUUUAGCAACAGCGCCCCCUUCUUGAUAUGUUAUUUAUGGGGUGAGCCUCUACCUCAGUAUCCAGUUGGAAUAUUGCAUAAAAAUUUUGAUUCAUUCUCAUAAAAUGUAAUUUUAUAACAAAUUAUGACAUCUAAAUAUAUCAACUUGAUAGAAUCACAAAUGGUAGCCCUUGUAUGAAUCUCUGGUUUAACAGAAGAGAUGAUCUGUUAUUGCAAAUGAUUAAUUAUAUUUUAUAUUUAAUACUAAAUGCUUCAGAAGUUCAU